UUCAUCAUUUGCUUCCCGUUAACGUCUUGUUUACCUGUGAUCAUUGAUGGAUAACCUUGAUUGCUGCGAUCCAAUGAAUCUCAAUUCAAAACAAUAAAAAGAAUAAUUAACACAGAAAAAAGCUGAUUAAGGAUUGACAGGUUAAUAAUAAUGGACUCUUGUCAAUUCAUGUGUUACUAGAAAUUUUCAGAACAGAUUUACAUUUCAAUAUUGAUUACUUUAAAUUUGCUUCAACUUGAUGUUGUAUUACUCGGAAUUAACUGUUCAAAGGUUAGCCUUUUAAGUGACCAUCAAAAUGUCCACUGAUCAAUCAAGUGUUGUAAACAACAACAACGGUGAAGAUGUUUUGAAUUGUGUUGAAUUUGCUGCAAUAAAAGCCAAUUCAUUGAAGUUGGAUUUAACUUCAUUUGGUGAAUCUAAUCAAGUCUUUAAAUGUUUACAAUUGACUGUUCCAAGUGGAUCAAUAUUUGGACUUAUCGGUCCUUCAGGAUGCGGCAAGACAACCUUUUUCCGAACCAUUUUGGGUCGCUAUAAAAUUACCUCGGGAAGCCUUCAAGUUCUCGGUGUUAACCUGACUAAACACGGGUUACAUCAAUUUGGACCCGAGAUUGGUUACAUGCCACAAGAUAUUGCACUUGAUCAAGACUUGACUGUCCAAGAAACACUCUACUUUUACGGUUCAUUAAAUAAGCUUACAGCGAAAGUGAUCUCACAUCGGUCUCACCAGUUAACUGCCAUUUUGGGCUUUGACAACUUUUCACGGUUGGUAAGUCAUCUUUCAAUUGGACAACAACGCCGUCUUUCCCUGGCCUGUGCUCUUCUCCAUCAACCCAAAUUGGCUCUUCUGGAUGAACCCACAGUCGGCUCGGAUCCAUUGUUGGUCAACAAAAUUUGGGAUUAUUUGAAAAGUGCUCAAAGAGAAUGGAAAAUGACUGUUGUCGUCUCGACUCAUUACCUUGAAGAGGUUAGGCGAGCUGAUCAGUUUGCUUUUCUCGCUCAAGGUUUUGUCCUAUUCGAAGACAGUCCCCACCAAUUUAUCGUUAAAUCGGGUUCUUUCAACUUGGAGGCUGCCAUUUCAUGCAGAUACAAGAAAGAAAUGGACAACAAAAUGAAAGUAUUAACCUGUCAACCAGUUUUACCAGAAGAGAAGUCGAUUAAACCAGUAAACCUAAAAAUUAAAUGUAACCAAACAUUUUUCCAUGUUUACAUUUGGCUUUUAUGGCGCUACUAUCAUCGAUGGAUGAAACACAUGGUCUAUCGAUUGAUUGGAGUUGGUCUGGUUCAUGCAAUGAUAAUAACCUUUUGUGGUUUACUUUACGGUCAUUUCCCAAAAGAUUUGUCCAUUGGUAUAGUUAACCGUGACAAUGGUUCGUUUGCAAUUAGAUACAUUGAUUUAUUGCGAGAAAACCCAAACCAUUGGUCCUUUCCAUUGUAUCAAGAUGAAAGGUCAGCUCAUCAUGACAUCGAAGUAGGAAAAUUGCAGGGUUACCUUACGAUUGGACCAGCCUUUACAAACAACUUCAAUCAACUGGCCUCGCUGGGUUUAAGUGAAUACAUUGAUGAGACACUUUUACAUAGCGGUCUCAUCACAUUGACUCAAGAUACAGUGAAUCGACUUAAGGCUGAUUCAGUUGAGCUGACAACUUACAUUUUCCUUCACAAUUUGAUCAAAGAAUCAGUGUCAUCUGAAUUUUCCGAUGCAUCUUCAUAUUCAUCAGACGAUUACCUCAAUAGACUUCAAUAUGUAAAGAUGGAACCAUUAUUUCAAACAAAUGGUAGAUUACAUGAUCUUGCACCGACAAACAUUGUCAUUGUCAAAUUUUUCUUUCAACUUGUUGAAACUGUUACCGUUGGUAUGAUUGUGCUUUGGGUAACUCGAGAGUUUCAUGAGCCAACAGUUGAAAGGCUGUUUGCUUCAGGUGUAACUCGACUUGAACUAGCUUGUGCUUUGGUAACAAUCACAGUUUUAUUUUUAUCACCCAUUCUAUUCAUGUCAUGUGUAAUCCUUACUUGGACUACUGGAUUCCCUGUCAGUGGAGCUUGGCUUUUUGUUGCCUUAGUCGUUCCAGCCAUAAUCAUUGCUGGCUGUACAAAAGCCAUUUGGAUUGGAUCCAUGAUACCGUCAAGUACUUUUGCAAUUCUCGUCACUACUUCUUAUGGAUUCAUUGGCAUAUUUAUUGGCUCCAUUUUCUGGCCUCUAGAAAGCUUACCUUACUUUAUGAUUCCAUUGAGAAACAUUUAUCCAUACACGGAAUCUGGCUUAUCUGCUGUUAGAGCCAUGAUUUAUGGUGAUGCUUUGUUAACACCUCAAGUUUAUUCUGGUGUCUUGUAUGCUUGGGCACAAGCCUUUAUAACCACUUUAUUUAUCGUUUCGUGGUUUUCAUUUUCGAAGCAUGUUCAUUCCUAGUCUAUAAGUACUUAUCUUUUUUCAUUUCAAUGUUUCCUUCUCUUUCUAUCGAAAAGAAGAUCAACAAAAUCAAUAAAAAUUAAUAAAAUGCGUUCACAGUCAUAUUAAGUCGAUUAUUGUGAUAUAAAAUAAAAUUUAGAAGGUUUAUUGGUUUUUCAGAACUACUAAUACAUGCUAAUAAUGAUAAUAUGAUCAUUCUUUGCUAAUUAACAAUUCAAUGCAAUUUGUUAGCUUUCCAUUAGCACGAUGUCCAUGAUUUUUGGGCUGUAAAUGGACAAGCAACAACUUGUUCAACAAAACAAACUCAUCUCAACCCAUUUCUUGGUAAAUAAACCAAUUUUCUGGUUUACCUUACAAAUGUAAUACAAAAAGUACUGUUAAAGCUCGAACAUUUAAUGUUAAGAGUUGAGACUUGGUGGAUUUGUAGAUACAAAGAAACAGAAUCCAUUUGUGCUAAUAAAAUAUUUCUCAGAUCGUCAGUUUUUGAGAAAAUCGAGUCCAAAGUUGAAACUUCGAUCGCUUUUUGUACCUUUUUGAAAGCAUAUUUUAACAUU